AUGCCUCCGAGUAAAAGGGCAAAACUGGACGGUGCGGCGUUGCCGGAUGCUGGCGGCGAUCGCAUCAGCGCGCUCCCGGACGACGCCCUCCAUCACGUCCUCUCUUUCCUCCCGGCGGAGGACGCCGUGCGGACAUGCGUGCUCGCCCGGCGCUGGCGCCAUCUCUGGAAGUCCGCCACAGGUCUGCGUAUCGGAUUCGGCCAUGGAGAUACACCGCCGUUCGUGGACAGUCUCAGACACUUCGUCAAUCAUCUGCUCCUCCGCAAGCGCGAUUCCUGUCUCCACACAUGCGAGCUCAGAUUAGGGCCCCGGGUAUACUGGUUGGUUGAAGAGCGAAACAAUCUGAAUCUCUGGAUCCGGCAUGUUGUAGACCGUGAAGUUCGGAUGCUCAGGCUCGAAAUCCAUGACUUCUAUUAUGGAUUUCACUUAGACAACCUGCCUCUUGUCUCUAAGCACUUGAAAACGCUAGCACUUAUCGGUGUGUGCUUAAAUAGUCUCUGCAACUUCUCCAAUUGUCCGAAUCUGGAACAUCUAGUGAUUGCUGAGUCUUACAUUUAUGAGGCCCCCCAGAUCUCGUCAAAAUCCCUGAAACACCUGAGCAUCAACGAUUGCUAUUUUGGUUAUAAGGGAUCGCACACUCUUAUUUGUACCCCACACCUUGUUUCACUUAGGCUAGAUGGUCAUUUCGCCUCGGUUCCAGUUUUGGGUAGCAUGCCAUCAUUAAAAGAGGCAUUUGCCAGAGAUCAUAUUUGGGAUUGUGGAAGUGAGGAUUGUUUCUCUUGUAAUGGUUUCAUACCUGACGAAUCCGACUACAAGAACAAAUGUUUUCUUCUGCAAGGAUUGUCAAAAGUUGAGAAUUUGACAUUGAUGUGUGACUACAAUGGGGUUGUUUUCCGCAGGGAUUUGGAGUGGUGCCCAACUUUUAACAACUUGAGGACUCUACUGCUGAAUGAAUGGUGGUGCUUGGAUCCUGACUUCUAUGGGCUAAAUCUCAUUUCAAGCACUCACCGGUUCUGGAGGAGCUCAACCUUCAUCUUUUUACUAAGGGACCUCAACAUAAAGUGGAAAUGA